AUGUGGCGCCGGGGUGCACCUGUGGUUGCGGGCGCUGAGGUCCAUGUUGAGAGGGUGGAGAACAUCGUCAUCCUCAACGGGAUACCGUCGUCACCGCCGCCGCCGACGACGAUGGUGGUGACGUCGACCACGCACGGCGGCGUCAUCCAACCAUCACCGCCGCCGCUGGCAGGGCAGCACGGAAAGGAGGCGGCAGUGCGAGGGCGAGAGCGAGACAUCAACGAGCUAGCUGAGGAGUUCAUCCGGAGGAGCAGGGCGGCGUUCUAA